CAAUGUGAAUAAAAAAAAAAAAGCGGUUCACUUUAGCGUAGUCUCUCUCUCCAUCCAUGGUGUUUUGGGUGGAGCUUUACGCAAGCCCAUUACACCCGUCCAAGGAUUCUCUAUAUCUUUCCCUUCUCUUCCGUCUCUCUUCGUUUCCCAUCUCUGUCUUUGGCAGAGAAACGAAAGGAAAUACAGAACAAAAGACAGACCCUUUUUUUGUUUUCCUUCUCUUCUCCUUCCGCUCCCAACCAACUUUUCUUUCAAUUUUUGAUUUGGUGUUUUAGGCAAAAAAGGGAAAACCCAGAAAUGUUUAUAUGAAAUUGAAUCAAACUUUGUUGUAAAAAUCCUUACUUUGUAAACAUUUCCAAAAAUUUCCAAUUUUUUUCCUUUUAUAUCCAACAACGGCAAAGUUUCCAUGGGGAACAUCGGAAGUAGCGGAGUAAAUGGCCGGCGAAGGACCAGCGGCCGGAGAAACCACCCUCCUCCGCCACAGCCACCUCCUCCAGCACAACCGCAACCUGAAAUCCCCACCAACCGUUACGUCUUCGCAGCCGCCACGCCUUACCCGCCCCAAUAUCCGAACACGAACCCACCCCAUUAUUACCAGUAUCCAGGUUACUAUCCGCCUCAGCCGCCGAUGCCGGUGCCGCUUCCUGCUCCGUACGAUCAUCAUCAUCGAGUUGGGCCCCACAUGGAGCCCGCCAAUUGGAGUAGGUAUGCUUGUGAUCCGAUGAUGCCAUCGCACCCGGUGCCGUAUAUAGAGCAUCAAAAGGCGGUUACUAUAAGGAAUGACGUUAAUUUAAAGAAGGAAACUUUGAAAUUGGAAGCUGAUGAGGAGAAUCCUGGGAAGUUCUUGGUUUCUUUCACGUUUGAUGCUACUGUUGCUGGAAGCAUGACUGUUAUUUUCUUUGCAAAAGAAGGUGAAGACUGUAAUCUGACACCAAUGAAGGAAAGUAUUCUACCACCAGUAACUGUGCAUUUUGAACAAGGUCUUGGACAGAAGUUCAGACAGCCCUCUGGAACAGGGAUUGAUUUCUCUAUGUUUGAGGAGGCAGAAUUACAAAAAGUGGAUGAGGUGGAUUUCUAUCAUCUGGCUGUGAAAGCAGAGGCAUUGCCUGUCAACCAGAAUGGGUCAGAUGGAAACAAAGUGUCAGGAGCCAUGAAUUCUCAGAUAACUCAGGCGGUGUUUGAGAAGGAGAAGGGUGAAUACCAGGCAAGAGUAGUGAAACAGAUUCUCUGGGUGAAUGGUAUGAGGUAUGAGCUGCAAGCAAUAUAUGGGAUUGGAAAUUCAGUUGAUAAUGAUGUUGAUGCAAAUGAUCCUGGAAAAGAAUGCGUUAUUUGCCUCUCAGAGCCUCGGGACACAACUGUUCUUCCCUGCAGGCACAUGUGCAUGUGUAGCUCCUGUGCAAAGGUUUUGAGAUGCCAGACUAAUCGGUGCCCAAUUUGUAGGCAGCCAGUUGAGAGGCUUUUGGAGAUAAAGGUGAACAACGGCCCUGAUGAAUGAGCAGAGAACAUGUUAUUAUAACUAUCUUUCUGUAUAGUAAAGCUUGUUGUUGCCUUUCUUUUCUUUAUCCACUUUCUUUUGUCUUAUCACUUUUAAUUUGCCUUUUUGUCCUCAUCUCCUUUGUUUUACAUGUCAGGCCUUUCUAAUAAUCAAACAGGAAGUUGUAAUCAAUAUGCUACAUGGUAUGAAUGAAUUGCUGAAAUUUCACACUAAUAUGGAUGCCAUUUUGCUUGCA